AAUUGAAGUGAGACAACCGUCGGCGACGGUCAUGCUAAGCAAAGAUACAGUUUCUUUGCAUUUUCCAAUUAGCUGAAAGACAUGUGAUUGCAUCGUAAAGUGAAGACCUGGGGGAUUUCACUGGAAAUGACAAUGAACGAAGUGGAAGUGAAGGAUCCCGGUCAGUUUGGUGGUGGGUUGAGGCUGGAGAAAUCUUGCAAGGAUGCUGAGGAGUUAUUCAACAACACUCUUAGAUUCCCUUCAGAUGAGCUGGACCAAGGAGAUGGUGCAACCUCCUCCUCCCCACAGCAACCCCUCCUACCUAAGCCCCCUAGGGUUUUGAAGAGCAGCAAGGAGGUCAAGGUGAGGAGGAGGAGGCUGAAAGCUCUCAAGACGAGUCAGGAGAGUCUGACUGACCGAACAGGGACAGGAUCUUCAUCAGAUUCCCUCCACGAAGAUGGCGUGGGACUGCCUGCUUGUGGCAGAACUACUCUGCCACCAAGCAGACAGUGGUCUGUAGAUGGGAGUCAGGUGGGCAAUACAGUGGAAUUCCACCUCUCUAGAGACCAUGGGGGUAGCUUGUCUGAGCUUGAGAAUACCUUCAAGCAUAAUGACUUCUUACUGAAUCGUGUACCAUCCUCCAAGAUCCGCCUGUCCCCUCUCCAGCCUUCAGGACCGUUGCCUGCUGUGGAGCUCUCUGUUGCCUCCACGUCCUUAAGGACAGCUAAUCGGAUUGACAGGGAUUGUUUGGAUUAUGGCGCCGCGCGGAGAGGAGGGACGGAGCGGCUGCACAGGAACCUCAGUGACAGCCGGUUAUUGGAGACCAUGGUGUCAGACAACACCUCCCUCAACUCCAUGAAGUCCUCCUUCAGUGUGUUGAACCCCAUUCGACCCAGCGAUGUGAGGAACAGGAGCUUCCUGGAGGGCAGUGUUUUGGGGCAUGGUGCACUACUUGGUGCAGAAGAGCUGGAUCGAUAUUUCCCGGAGAGGAGAGUGGGAAUCUAUAUUGUCACCUGGAAUAUGCAAGGAGAGAAGGGUCUUCCCAACAACCUGGAUGACCUUCUGCUCCCCACAGAUUCAGAAUUUGCUCAAGACUUCUAUGUCAUUGGAGUCCAGGAAGGCUGUGAUGACAGGAGAGAGUGGGAAAUUCGUCUACAAGAGACUCUGGGGCCUUACUAUGUUAUGCUGUACGCUGCCACACAUGGAGUACUGUACCUUUCCAUAUUUGUUAGGAGGGACCUCAUCUGGUUUUGUUCUGAGGUGGAACAUGCCACAGUUACCACACGCAUCAUAUCUCAGAUCAAGACCAAAGGUGCUGUUGGGGUUGGAUUCACCUUUUUUGGCACCUCCUUUCUUUUUAUUACCUCUCACUUCACUUCUGGAGAUACGAAAGUGUAUGAGAGGAUUCUGGACUAUAACAAGAUCAUUGAGGCCCUGACACUUCCCAAAAGCCUUCCUGACACUAACCCCUACCGCUCCACUUCCUCGGAUGUGACAACCCGAUUUGAUGAGGUGUUCUGGUUUGGGGACUUCAACUUCCGCCUUGGUAAGGACCGAGCAGGAGUGGAGGCCAUCCUGAAGGAUGAUGUGGAGUCAGACAUGGGCCCACUACUACAGUAUGACCAGCUCUCCAAGGAAAUGAAGGAUGGUGCUAUCUUUAAAGGUUUCCAGGAAGCACCCAUACAGUUCCUUCCUACAUACAAGUUUGACAUUGGCUCUGAUGUUUAUGACACUACAUCAAAGAAGAGAAUUCCUUCGUACACGGACCGGAUUCUGUACAGGAGCAGACAGAAGAAUGACAUUAGUGUAGUGAAAUACACCAGCUGUUCGUCUAUCAGAACAUCUGACCAUCGGCCUGUUAUUGGCAUUUUCCACGUUAAACUCCGACCAGGAAGGGACAACAUUCCUCUGGGGGCUGGCCUGUUUGACAGGGAACUCUACCUGGAAGGUAUUCGCAGGAGGAUCACUCGCGAACUGAAGAGGAGGGACGCCAUGAAGAGCCAGAAGAACAGUACUGUCUGCUCGAUCUCCUGACCGGAGGACCAAAGCAAGCCAUUUCAAAGACUUGACGUAGGUUUUCAAGCCUUUUAACACAGGUAACAGAGCGAUAAGAACUUUGUACAUCCUCUGUUCACUCAAGUGUGGAGGUGGUUGUGGACCAAACACCGAGCUUUCUGUAAGAUGAAAAACAGAAGAACCUGUUUGUUGGGCAGGGCUGGUUCACAACUACAAGAAAACAGCCUUUAUUAUACACUUUUACAAAAGCUGUGGUUACACUGCUUUAACACCAGUGUCUUCUUUUUUGAUAAAUUGUUUAAUUGAUCAUGCAUGUGUAUACAUUGGCUCCUCAACUUAAAAACACAAUUGCCGCUGGGACUCUAUCCACUUUUGUCUUAAGUCAAAACUUUAUUUUAACACUAAGACACAGUAAAUAAAAACUUAAUA